AUGCAGUCUCAGCCUCCCUCACAGCCAGUUCGGGGCAAUCGUCGCUCGACUGCUGGUGCCAAAUCUCGGAUCUGCGUCCAUUGUGGCCGCAGCUUCCGCCGUACCGAGCAUUUGGAGCGCCACGUUCGCACUCAUACCAAAGAAAAACCGUAUAUCUGCUUUUGUGGGGCAGCCUUCACUCGCCGGGAUUUGUUGAAGCGACACACCAACAUUGCGCAUCCUGGCAAUGGCUUGGUAUCGCCCAAUUCACAGCCUGAGACGGAGAGUGUAGAACCACAACCUCACCCGCGAGCAUCCGAGCCCGCCACAGUACCACCAGCACCAGUACCAGUUCCAGUUUCAGUUCCAGCUGCAGCUGCAGCUGCAGCGCCGCCAGGGUUCAUCGUCCCGCCGCCGACAUCGCGCCCGGACGCACCUCUCUCAGUGCCCCCGAAUGUGGAACAAUGGACCGGACCUCCACCACCGCCACCUCAACAACCUCCACGGGAGUCAUAUAUCACGCCAGAUCGAGCGCCCGUGCUCCAGCCUGUGAACCACGCUCCUCCAAGUAUACCGCCGCACAGCGGCGUGCUUGGUCACGAUGCGGAGGUUCUCGAGGCGGCCCAGCUCUUGCUUCCUGGAAAUUACCGACAUACUCCAGCUCCAGCCCAACCCAUGUCAUACCUUCCGGAAGAAUUGAACCACUUCCAAGACUUCACCCAUUUCCUCGACUCCAUUGGACUGCCAUCCGAAUGGGUCCCCGCUUUUGGAGAAGUGCCUCAGAUGCACAAUCCAGUGCCGGCAACUACUGUUCCAGACAUUGAACGGAACCAUACUCUCCAACAGGAUGCUCCGCGUCGGAGUAUCCCUGAGAGGUCUUCUCGGGGAGAUUCGCCCUUCCGAUCAUGGCUUCCAUCGGUGCCGCCUGAAGAUCAGAGCCUUGGCUCGGUUCACGAUUAUGAGCCCCCGCAGAGUGCCAGGAGUAGUUCUUCCUUGAAGGUGACAGAGGAGCAGAGACAGCGUUUGGCUGCUGCGCUCGAGGAGUUUCGCUAUCUGAUCCCAGAUUUCGUCCUGCCAUCGCGCCAUACACUGACCAGAUAUCUGACGUCGUUCUUUGACGGCUUCCAUACACAUCUACCUUUCAUGCAUGCUCCGACGUUCCGGAUUAAUGACCGUGCGCCGGAACUCGUGCUGGCUUUCAUGACCCUCGGCGCCCAGUACCGGUUCGAACACCGCAAUGCAGAACGGCUCUUUCAUGCUUCCAAGGAGAUUGUACUCUGCAGACUCUCGAAAGAGUCCCAUGGAGUGCCAUAUAACACCAUCGUUCAAAUCCCCUUGAAUCACAUCCGCGAUCCUGCACUGCCAAGCCAGGCAUCCCCUCUCCCACCUGCCGAGUUCGCUACAGGAAUGAGUGCGUGGAGGCAACUCGAAACCAUUCGCACUUUGCUAGCCCUCAUGGGAUACUCCACUUGGGAGAAGGCUGAGCUCGUUCAGGAGGCAUUCGGCCUGCAGAAUCUGCUUGUCCGAUGUCUUCGGGAAUUUGGUCUGGCAGAGAACAUCAUCGCUGCUCCAAGACACGGCCCAUUGCAAUGGCACGAGUGGGCCGAGGAGGAAUCCAUCCGACGCACUCGCUUUAUCUCCUUCUGUUUUGUUCACAUCCAUAGCAUAGCCUAUAACAUCUACCCGGUACUGCGCAGCAGUGAGGUUCACUUGCGCCUCCCGUGUUCUACCAAAGAAUGGAACGCAGCGACGGCUCACGAAUGGGAAGCUGCACAGAAGGAAGUCGGCUCCCAGCAGCUGUUCUUCCAGGACGCACUGGCCUUGUUGCUGCAACCAGCACGACAUCCAGUGCCGCUGGAGCCGAUUCCCGCGCCCCUCGGCAACUACAUCCUUCUUCACGGGCUUCUUCAACGCAUACACCUCGUAAGCGAGCUCUCCAUACCAAAUGGGGACCAUUCAUUUUCUCUCCCAACAGAGGAAUUGAACAAACUCGAGAGAGCUCUACGAACUUGGACAUCAGUUUGGCAACAAGCACCCGAAUCGAGCCUCGACCCUCAUAACGAGAACGGUCCCAUCCCUUUCACAUCUAGCUCAUUUCUAGGUCUAGCGUACGUUCGCUUGUCGCUGAACUUAGGGGCUUAUCGUCAACUCGAAACGCGAGAUCCAUAUCGCAUCGCUGCGGCGCUGCAUCGAUCGCCUCGCCCUAGCCGGAGCUACCAAUUAACACCUGCGCUCAUCUAUGCGGCACACGCCUUGAGCGUGCCAGUACGACUGGGCAUUGACCACGUGGCCCGCAGUCAAGCUUUCUUCUGGAGCGUUCGUCAUUCAAUUGCCAGCCUUGAAUGUGCGGUCUUGCUCAGCAAAUGGCUGCUGUCGCUGGCGGAAACCGGCGGCACUCAGAGUUUGAGCAGUAACGAAAGCCGCAUACUGCAUUGGACACGCUGUAUCGUCCAAGAGGCUUAUGAUUCCUUGGACCCAGAUAAAGACGAGACUUUUCCGGGUCUUGACCCUACCAGUCUUGGCCUGGCAGUCAUACAGCUGUGGGCUCGUCUGUUUCGGAAGAAUACACAGUGGCCCUUCAUCAAUGUGAUGGGCGAGAGCUUGGAGCAAUACUUGGACCUGAUUCGACCGGAGUAA